AUGACUAUAACAAUUGGUGGUUCUAAUCUUUCUAUUGAACCAUUAUUAUUAAAUCGAGUAUCCGAAGAAGUAAGAGGAACACGACAAACUCUUUUAUUUUUAAUUUCUGUUAUACUUAGUAUUCAUGUGAUUAGUUUUAUUUUGGUUAUUUAUUCAUUAUCAAUUAAUUUUCGAACAAAUACUUAUGAACCAAUUCUUAUUCUUUGGUGGAUAUUAUUUUUUUCUAGUGGCAUGUUUAUUACACAAAGAUACUAUACAACAGGAUUAUAUAUGUUUGCAUGGUUGGGUAUUCUUAAUAUGAUUGUCACAUGUAUACUUAUUGUAUUUGUCACUGUUGCAGUUGUCAUAAUUACGUCUCAAUUCCCUAAGGAAAGUAAUGGAAUACCAUUUACUCUCAUUCCAGUUGUCACAUGUUUGACAACUAUUAUUCUUGAUGCGGUUAUUAUUAUAUAUUCAUUUAAAUUAUGGUAUCUACUUAUAAAAAAUCAAAAACCAAGUGGACAUCAACGUAUUUAA